CAUGAGAAGAAGGGGUGCUUUGGUCGUCUCAGUAGUUGCUAUUGUUUUAAGUGUUAUAUUUGCAGAAUCAUGGGUACUUUCGCUAGAAAGCAAACUAAGAGGAAGAAUUCUCAGAAUUCAAGUUGUGAUUUUCAUACAAUGCGCCGUUGCAGUUAUGUCAAUCUUUUUAUGGAAAAAUCUGUCUUCUGUAUUUCAGACCAAAGGUCAUGAUGCAUCGCCUCCUCGACUUUUGUGGAAAUUUAUACUUAUCAUUUAUACAAUGUUUGCCCAUGGAAGUUAUUUAUCGAACGUUUUCCUUGUCAGAACAGAACCAACAGUCCUAGGCAUAUUCAGUUACUUGUGCUUAGGAGCUCAUGUUCAGAUGUUUACAUUCUUGGUCAUAGCUAAAGCAGUUGGCUUCAUGAUCAAACUUUGCAAAAAGAAACCAUUGAAAAAUAAUAGUACAGCGAUAUUGGCAAUUUUUUAUGGUUUCUUAAUGACAAGUUAUGGCUAUUAUAGAAUUUGUCAGCCACCAAUCGUUAAAAAUGUUACUAUUCCAAUUAAAAAUUUGCCACCCUCAUUGAAUGGCUUUACAAUUACAUUACUCAGUGAUAUUCAUAUUGGACCUACUGUAGGAAAGAAACAGCUUGAAAUUGCAGUUGACAUAACCAACAGUCUUCAAUCAGAUGUUGUUGUAAUUGAUGGGGAUUUAGUUGAUGGUAUGGUUUCACAGUUGAAGGAUGCAGUACAACCACUGAGGAAUAUUAAGUCAAAACAUGGAAUAUUUUAUGUCACAGGUAAUCAUGAAUAUUAUACUAUGGAUGUUGAAAACUGGAUGGAAACAUUAAAAGAAUUAGGUAUUCAUGUUUUACACAAUGCUAAUGCUAAAGUACCUGCUGACAAAGCAGACGACAAUUCCUUAUGUUUUGUUGGGACUGAUGAUAUAGAAGCAGAUAGGAUUAGGUAUGAUGGACAUGGUAUGAAACUAGACACUGCCAUUAAGGGUUGUUCCACUAAACAAAUCACCAUUUUAUUAGCACAUCAGCCAAGUGCAGCGAAAAUUGCAUUGGGGUCAAAUAAUAAAAUUGAUUUAAUUCUAUGUGGACAUACACAUGGCGGCCAAAUGUUUCCCAUAAUAAUAGGUGCCUAUUUUAUAAAUCCUUUUUAUGCUGGAUUGUAUCAGCAUGGAAACACCUUUAUUUAUGUAUCAAUGGGGACUUACUAUUGGGGCUUUCCUAUGAGAAUUGGCACCCAACAUGAAAUUACAAAAAUAACACUACUUUCAGUAUGAUUAAAAUGAUUUUAUAAUUCUUAAUUUAAUUUGCUCAAAACAUUUAUUUUUGUUGUAAUGUUAUCAGUAUUGUAUUAAUAACUCAUUCUAAAUUGAUAUGAUGUCAAUAGGAAAAUUAAGUUCUAAUCAUCUUAAAUGUGUGCACAUGGUUUACUGUUGAAUUAAAGACAAAUUAAUACUUCAUUUUCCUUCAUUUUGCAGAUGCAUUUUUCUGAACUGAUCUAUUUAGAUGAACAAUACCAAUAUUUUUAACGAGAAUAGUGAUUAACUGUGAUUUCUGCACAUUGCAAUCAACCAGAAAAAUCCAAUUUUGAAGAUUUGUACUAUUUUUUUCUGCCAUACAGAUUUUGUUGGCUAUGUUUGACAUGUUAAUAUCAACUGUGAACAGUACAUUAUUGACUUAUUCCAAAAGUGCACUGAUCUAUAUUUGGAAUUUUCAUAUUUUUUAUGGUGUCUUGAUACCUUUAAUAUGAUUUUAACUUCAAUCAUAUUUAUAGAUAUUAAUGUAUAAGACAUAGUGAAUAUUGAUUUUGAAGAAAAAAUAUAAGAGAGUCCUUGCAAAAAGGUACUUAAAAGGCCACCAAUGGGUCUUCAUGAUGUAUGAUGUCUUUUCACAAAGGUAAAGACAUGUAAGUGUAAAAGUGAAGCAUUUUUCUCUCAUUGGUGUCAUAAAUGUACUUGUUUCAGAUCAAAUGACAGUUGUUGCUUGCAUUUUCCCCCCACAUCUUCUCCUUUUUUUGUGGUGAAUUUAACAUUUUCUGAAAGUUUAAAGUAACAAUAAUGUCACCACUGAAUAAAGUCAUUUUUAAAAACAUUUUUGUCAAGCCUGUGACUUCUGUAGCAGGAAGCAAGACAUAGGGAUGAUGAUCCAAUGGCGGCAGCACUAACUAACUACUUAAAAGCUUAACAUUUCAAAAGGUAGAAGACCUGGAUGCUUCAUACUUUGUAUAUAGAUGCCUUAUGUUAUGAAGUUUCCGUUUGUCAUAUGUCCAUUGUCCUUUACAUCAUUUUCAUGGUUCCAUGACUACUUGAAAAAAAAGUUAAGAUUUUUUGUAAUGUUAAUUUCUCUCUUAUUAUAAAUAAUAGGAUAACUAUAUUUGAUAUGUGCAUACCUUGCAAGGUCUUCAUGCCUGUCAGACAGUUUUCACUUGACCUCGACCUCAUUUCAUGGAUCAGUGAACAAGGUUAAGUUUUCCUGGUCAAGUCCAUAUCUCAGAUAUAAUAAGAAAUAGGUCUACUAUAUUUGGUAAUGUAAUGAUUGUAAGGUGUACAUGUCCAACUUGCAGGUGUCAUCUGACCUUGACCUCAUUUCCAUGGUUCAGUGUUAAAAGUUAAGUUUUUGUGUUUUGGUCUGUUUUUCUAAUACUGUAUGCAAUAGGUCAAAUAUAUUUGGUGAAUGGAAAUAUUUUACGAUGUACAUGUCAGUCUGGCAGGUUUUAUUUGACCUUGACCUCAUUUUCACAGUUCAUUGCUCAAUGUUAGGUUUUUUUGUUUUGGUCUGUUUUCUUAAACUAUAAGCAAUAGGUCAACUAUAUUUGGUAUAUUUCCUUGUAGUAAAACUUUACAUUUAAGACUAUCAGCAUAAAUUCAUUGGUCAGUUAAGCAGGCGAGACAUUUCAGUGUGUGCACUAUUGUUAAAACAAUUUACAUCCAAGAAACACUUUUAUACUUUUUCAAAUGGAACAGCUUACAUAUAUAUAUAUAUAUAUGAAUAUUAUUAUUUACCUUCAUUUAAUUUUUGAACAUUAGUUUUAUUUCCUUUUAAAAAGAAAAGUUUUUGCAGUUUUGCUUGUUUGUUACAUCAGUCCUCAUAUUCAUUUUAACUAAGACAUUGAUAAAGACCUGCAACCAUGAAAAAAAAAGAAUUUCUUUAUUGUGUCAUUUUCUUGAACAUUUAACAUAAAAUUAUUGAAAUGCACAUCCUUAAUAUGGCUAUCAAAUUUUGUUUGAUAGAAUGAAAUCUACAAAAUUCUAGAACAUCUCCAGUUGACUGCAAUGAGCUGUAUAAUUUUACUUUUUAAAAUGUGAACAUUGAAAACCCCAUAAACAAGUUAAACAAGAAAAAACAAAUAAACAGGUUUUCAAAUGAAAAAAAAAUUACCACUUUCAUCAAUUAAGGUUGAUUGCAAUAUAGGAAUAAUUGGUCACAAAAUGUUAUUUUCAAAAUGAUUCAUGUAUACUUUUUUAAUUCUUAUGUUAUUUGUGAUUAAAAGCUUUAAUUUGAUCAAAGAUGUGUAAUGAAAGUUUUUAUGAUAUGAGAAACUGUUAAAAGUGCUCAAAGCUUUCUUCUAGAAGACCCAGAGCUAAAAGUUUAGAAAACCAAAGAAUUUUUGUUCACUAUGAUCAUGUUUGAUAUGCGCAAAAAUCAGAACUAUUUUUUUCUUUAAAAAAGGGCUUAAAGAUUUGCAAAACCAUCAAAGGUCAGCUUUGCCGAAUGCAAUUGUAUCAUUGGCAUAGAUUUUUAUUUUAAUAUCAAUAAAAACUUGAACUUGGUAAAACAUCAUGUCAGUACUAAGUCACUGAUAACUUGGUUGAUAAUACCCUCAGGGAUACUGCCCAUGGGCAAUAGUCAUUGAAUAGAAUAAUUAUAGCUAUUACUGUAAAUCCAGAUAUUAAUGCAUGCAUUUAUUAUUGAAAAAUCCUUGACCACUGCCAAAACUGUAAAAUCUAAUCAAUGUGAUUGCUAAAAGUAAAAUUACUGCUGAAAUUAUGAAUGCGAGUUUGUAAUAUUGGGAACUUGAUACUGUUUUUUUUUUUCACAUUGAUAAAAAGAUCGUAAUAAUUUCAGAAUUUACAGGAUGUUGAAAGCCAAAUUUCACAUGUAACUGCAACAUCAUUAUUUUUUUAUUUCAUCUUCAUUGUCUAUGUGUUAAAAUGUUUAUAAUGCAGUAAUACUCAACUUUAAAACUUUGUUUAUAUUUUGUUUGUAUUUGACUGUUUUAUAUACACAUGUGUUCAAAAAAUUAAUUGAAUAAUAUAUGUUUUUUUGUUGUUGUGUAAAUGAUUUUGUUUACUUUUUACAAGAAAUUGAUAAUAUGUAUUCUUUUUAUACAUGUUAACCAUUUGUCUAAUAUUAUACCUGAUAAAAUAUACCUAAGUUAACAUAAAUAUUGAAAAAUCAUAUACUAUACUAGGUAUUGUGACUUUUGUAUCAGGUAAUAAUAUCAGACCUAUGUGUACAUGUAUCCUGUUCCCAACAAUAAACAUGGUGUAAGUGACAUUUCAUGGAACAUGCAGUGGUAAAACAUUUUAUAAACAAAUUUUAAGCAAAUAUAAUGAUGAAACUAAGGUUCCAUUAAUCAAAUAUUUGUGGACUCAUUCUUGGUUUCAUUGAUAUUAAUGCCACAGAUAAAAGAUUUACCAUAUGUAUUUACAAAUACACAGAUAUUUUUAGUUUAAACUUGAUGGCUGAAAAAUAAAAAAAUAUACAAGUUAAUAAAUGAAUCUUGGAUUUUUAUACUUAAAACGAAUUUAGUCUAUUUUUGACAAUGCCUGUUAUCCAUGUUUAUGUAUUAUGAAUUUUAAUUGAAAAACUUAUUGAUCUCAUGGUGUAUUCAUUAUGUUAAAUCGGUCUAGCUAGUUAGAAACCAGGUAAAAGAUAAUUCCUUUCCAAGUUGAAUUCUUCAAUGGUUGGCAUGUUUCCAUUAGAAUACUAUUGUUUGUAAUGUUAUAAGAAAAUGUUCAAAUGAAUAGUGGUUAUUGAUAUAAGAUUUAUCAUAUAAUUUUAUGAUUUUCCUUUCAAUAUAACAGAAGGAUAGAACGUCAGGUUAUAAUAGUUUUGUGUAAAGAAUUUCUUAAAUACUGGUUUUAGAUCAGAUUCCUUUUGUACCAAACUAAAUUAUGUUUUCUCACAGAGACAUACCAAUACUCUCUAUAUGUAUUAGAAUUUCAAGAAAAGAAAAGGAUGAUUAGUAUGGUUUCCAAAGUAACUAUUGACUUUUUUUUCACUUUUUAAUCACAGAAUAGUCACUUUUCUUCUCUUUACUCAUCCGUAAUGUUACUGUAGUAAGAUGCUUUAAAUUAAAAGAUACAAGAUUUUUUAGGUUUCUAGUCAUUUUAAUAAAAUACUGUAUAUAAUCCCAUGUUAUGCUUUAGGUAAUAAAAAUUGAAAUAAUACAUUUACAUGUUCAAACAGUUUACCUCUGUGUGUACCUUGUCAUAUAAAACAAUGAUAUAAAGAACAGAGUCUUCUCAAACAGAAAAUUUAAGUAAUUUUGAAAAUUUUCAUCCAGUGUUACUUUAAUUAUAUACACAUGUGGUCUGGAUUUUUCAUUGAUUGGCAUUAUUAUUGUUAUUGUUCAUUUGAUUUUGUUUAAUUUUAAUAUACUUGUUGUUAAGUAAUGCAACUAUUAAUUAUGAAAAUAUAGACAUUUUGUUGUUUGUUAAUAAUAAACUAAUUUUUUUUUUU